GAGAGUAAGGACAAAGUUGAAGGCGUCAAAAUCUAAUUAACAACUCAUGAUUUCCUGUGUAGAGUGUAACCACAAUGUUAUUUUUAGAGUAAUAGCUAUUUUUUUUAGUGUGAUCUCACCUUUUAGAGCAACCUCGCUUUGCUUUUCCUUUUGACUUCACCUUCCACUUGUUGGAUGAAAAACAACUUCACUCACCUGCUGCACCCCCAUCAUCAUGGUAUAUAAAUUCAACCAGUUUUAUUUGUACCCUUUGAUUUUUCUUUACAAAAACGAAUGAUGUGCACAGUUGAUGACACAGUACAGUGUGUGGUUGUUAAGUUGUUCCUGAUGGCAGGGGAACAUUCUCCCCCUUAAACCGGGUCACAGUCCUGAGCAGAAUCUUCCAAACUCGUUGGAGAAUAUAACAUUACAUAACAUAGACCUUGUCUAUAGAGGGAGAGAGAGAGGUUGAUGAUCAAAGAUUCAAAAGAAAAGUGGCUGUAGCUUCCCUUGAUCAUCUUGUUUACAUCACUUUGAUUGCAAUCAACUUGUUCCGUUUUGGGUGAUGGGAAGUCACGGCAAAGGAAAAGACGGCGAAGGCACUUCUGGACUUAAAGAUGAUGACAAGUAUGAACCACAAUUGAGAUUCCAUACCCCAACAGCAGCAGCACCACAGGUCAGAUGAUCCCUUUUAAAUCUGUGUCAGCUCUUGUUAUUGUGUUUUGUGACAGGACAAAGGGAUACUGCUUGCUCAAGUCGGCAAAUGCAAGAUGGAUAUGUAGAAAGAGUGGUACAUCAGAGAUUGAAACGUGUGAAUAUUACUUGGAACCAUCCAGUAAGCAGGGAUGUUGCUGUUAUAGGAUCAUGGGACAACUGGGAAACCAGAGACACCCUGCACUUGCAGUCUCCCCCUCAUCCUCAUGCUUAUGCCAUUGUUAAAGCACUCCCAACAGGUAUCUAUCAUUACCGUUUCAUUGUAGAUGGAUAUCUCACCCAUGCUCCAGAAUUCCCCUGGGCUUUUGAUCAUUCUGGUUUCCCCUACAACAUCUUGGAUUUGCAGGAUUAUAUUCCAGAAACGGCUGCAAGGUUAGGUGAUGCCCAAGAUCCUCCAUCCCCACCAUGGACUUAUGAUAACAUGCUCUUAAACGACGAUGAGUUUGGCAGGCCUCCGCCCGAGUUACCACCACAACUACCACUCACAACAAGAGAUGACCCUUCUUCUUCAUCCACGGUUGUCCCUAGACCCUCCCAUCUGGAACUCAAUCAUCUAUACAUCCACAAAACCGAUGGGGGUGACUUCGCCGCCCUGCGUUCGACGGAGAAGUUUGGACAGAAAUAUGUUAGCAUGGUGUUGUACAAGUCCCUUCCAAGGGAAAGAUGAUGAAAGAUUUUUGAGUUUGUGUAUUGUGUUUGAACUAUGCUGGGCUGAUGGGACCAUUUAUUUGUUUGUUAAGGUCAGUAAUGUAGUACAGUAGGUAAUGAGCAUUCAGCAAUCAGCAAUGUAUUCCCCUCUUAAAAACUGAAGGGAAUAUUAUUUAUUUAUUUAUAUACACAAAUACAAUAUAUAUUCAUCUCAUGUUCUAGAAUUGGCAAUGGUUAAACGGCACAUACACUGAUGUUCAGCCUAAUGCCUACUCCUCUCUUGCAUAAACACCUAUCAAGUGUCAUCAUCAAAACACUUUGUAUGAUUCAUCUGUUACAAUAAGAAAGGAAUGAAAAUACCUUGUUAAUUUUACAUGCUACAAUUGGUUAGGAAGCAAUCCAAGGGUUCUCAAGUGGUAGGAGUUUGUUGACAUACCAAAGACGAUGAUGUAUUAUAUCAGCGCACGGAAGCUGUUUGCUGAAAUGCCCCAAAGGAAUACUGUUUCCUGGUCUUGUUUGAUUUCAGGAUAUGCACAAAUCACUAUGCCAUUGGUAGUGCUCUUCGAGCUUGCCAAGACGGAAGGCUUAAACUCGGCAUGGAUAUUCAUGCCUCUAAGUCUCCAUUCUCUUCAGACAUGCCCAUGUAUGAUGAUGCUCCUCGUGUUCUUGUCUCGUGGAAUUCUAUGAUCUCUGGCCUUGACCACAAUGAACAAUUUGAGGAAGCAGUUGCCUGUUUUAAUACAAUGAGGAGACAUGGAAUGGUGCCCUCAAAUUUCUCAGUUAUUAGCACUUUGAGUUCUUCUGCAAGCUUGGGUUGGAUCAUGUGCGGAACAUGUAUUCUUGGAAUUCAAUGAUAUCAGGCUAUACACGUCAAGGGCAAUUGCCAGAUCAGGUAUGACUAGAGACUCGAAUAGAGCACUUGUCUUGUAUGGCAGACCUCCUUGGACGAGCGGGUGAUGUCAACAAGCUAGAUGACUUUAUCAAAACAAUGCCAAUGGAUGGAGAACAGUUUUAGGAGCAUGUUGCCAAGAUGCUUAUUGAGCCCCAGAAUGGUGUGAACUAUGUUCUACUUUCAAAAAUAAGGAAUGCUGGAUAUGUGCCUGAAAGCAAAUACGCACUCUAUGAUCUUGAACUUGAAAACAAACAAGAGCUACUGAGCUAUCAUAGUGAAAAGUUGGCAAUUGCUUUUGUUCUCACUUGAAACUCUGAACUACCAAUCAGUAAUUCAGGAUAAUCAAGAACCUUUGGGUUUGUGGGGAUUGUCACACUGCUUUAAGAAAUAUAGAAAUAGGCAAUAAGAUGCCAUUUUCGGAAACUGAGUAAUAAGAAAGGAGAGUGUCCUCAAGGACAGUUAACAGGUUAUGCUUUCAGUUUCUAUAUCUAAUUUGCUUACACCAAUCUGUUUGUGGGGUAGGGACCAUGAGUCCAAAAUAA